AUGCAGUACAAGACCCUUUCCUUGCUCCUUCUGACUGCCACUGCCCUGGCUGCACCAGAGGCCAGGCCCGAGGCCGCCCCUGAAGCCGCUCCCGAAGCUUCUCCAGAAGAUGUUGGCAAGAGACAGUAUGACUACUACUCGAGCCUCAUGAACGAGCUGAACAGCUUGGCUGACACCAACAACUGGGACAAAUUCUUGACCAACACUGACUACAACCAAUACUUGACCAACACCGACUACAACCAAUACCUGACCAACACUGACUUUGGCGGUUUCCCAACCAAUACCGCCGCUGGCAACGUUCCUACAAACACCAAGCUAGGCGGCGCCCCGACUGACCUGGGAGGUCUCGGCUCCUUCUCCAUGCCAACCGCCGCCUUCACCUACGACGGCAUGCCUCCUCCGUCCAUUGCCUCUGUGCUCAUCACUGCUGUUCCUUCCUCAUACAUGGCUCAGUUGGCCAACCCCAGCGUUCGCUCAUCCCUGAUCCACGAUAUCCAACAGGGUCACUACCCUGCCUGGUACACCGCCCUGCCUAACAGCGUCAAGCAGUGGAUCUCGACCAACUAUGCUUCCAUGACUGGUGCCGCAGCAACGGCCACCGGCAACUCGGGCUCUGGGUCUGGAGCUGGAUCCAAGGGAUCUGAUUCCCAGGGCUCUGCGUCGAGCUCCAGCUCACAAGGCGCUGCUGCUGCUCCUGCUGCCACUGGUUCCAUUGCCGCUAGCAUUGCGGGUGCUGCUGGUAUCCUUGGUCUUGCCCUGGCUCUGUAG